AUGAAGAUCAAAUUGCAGUCUUCCAUUCUUGUGAAACCAGCCGAGCCGACGCCCAAUCAAUCUCUGCCAUUAUCGGAGCUAGACAUGGUUUCAGGCAAUUAUUUCGUGCCCUUAAUCUACAUCUACAAACCCUCCAAAGACCGUUCUUACACUUCCAUUUUCGACACAUUCCAAAUGUCCUUAAGGAAAGUGCUGGUCCCAUUUUAUCCAUUAGCCGGUCGCCUCAGCUUCGCCGGCGGCGGCGGGAAUCUGCAGAUCGACUGCAACGGCAAGGGAGUUGAGCUCACGGAAGCCAUAGCCGAUUCUGCGUGGGACGAGGUCAAAGAGACGGACUAUGCUGACCUCAUUCCGGCCGUCGAUGCUGCCGCCGAUUUUCCGGAGCUCCCUCUUCUGGCCGUCCGAAUCACCGCCUUCAACGGCGGCGGAAUUUGCCUCGGCGUCAGAAUGUGGCACCCGGCGGCGGACGGACUCAGCGGCUCCCAUUUCUACGCCGAGUGGGCGAGAAUUGCGCGCGGGGAAACCCUGGAGAGCCACCCUUUUAUUGAUCGGAAACUGUAUUCAGCUCCGGCGGCGGCGGCUCCGCCGCCGCCUCCGGAGUUCGAGAAACCGCCGAUCCUGAUCGGAGAUUCUGGCUGCGAAAAGGAAAUGAAAAUUCCGAUUUCGAAGGCGUUUCUGAGGCUGUCGAAGCCCCAAAUUGAAACCCUAAAAAAGUCAGCAAACGAGAAAAGGGGUUCGUGCAGAGGAGGGUUUUCCCGCUUCGAGUCGAUAACAGCACACAUCUGGAGGUGCACGUGCAAGGCACGUGGCCACAAGCCCCACCAGAAAACACGGCUGACCACCUCCGUCGACAUACGCCGCCGGGUGGACCCGCCGCUGCCGAGGACGUAUUUCGGCAACGCGGUGGUCGACGUGGCCGCAGUCGACUGCGCCGGCGAUCUGACGUCGAAGCCGCUGUCGUACGCCGCCGGGAGAAUCAGAGAAGCUGUAAGCAAAGUCACUCCGGACUACAUCAACACGACGGUGAACUUUCUUAAAAGCGUCGUCGGCUCAUCCUCAGCCGUCGAUGAUAGCCUCGUAUUCACCGGAAACCCUAAUCUGACGGUGACGAGCUGGCUGUCGUUGGAGCUUAAUGGGCUCGACUUCGGGUGGGGGAAAGAAGCUUACAUGGCGCACGUGUCUGAAAAUUGCGAUGGGGACUUUGUGGUGAUGCCCGAUGAUGAACACAAUGACGAUGACGACGAUGAAGAAAAGAAUAGGCAUCGAUCUGUGGUGGUGGCAGUUUGUCUUCAAGAAGCCCAUAUGGAACAUUUCAAGAAAAUUUUCUACCAAGACAUAAUCCAGGUUUAA